AUGCUGCUCCACGAUCGCAGCCCAGAUACUUCUCCUUUCAACAGCGCCUCUCAACGACAAUACUUCAACAGAUCAUACAACUCAGACAUGUCUUUACCUUCGCCUGCUUCGCCCUCGAGAGGCUCAAAGUCAUUACUCUUUGCUUCUCCCGCCCCAACCCCGACCACUCGACAUGAACGGCAACAGUCCUUUUCACCUUCCACCUCGUUCAGCUCCAUCCCCACCCAUGUCAGAAGCCAGUCGCUGCAGCGUCAGGCCAGCACUUCCAGUACAUUUGCCCCAAAGUUCAUCAAGUCGGAAGAAAUGAAGAAGAGCGAAGAGCGCAUCUCUGCCAUUGAAGGUGAAAACGACUUUUCAGGCAAGCGAUAUGUUUGGGUCAAGGAUCCCGAGAAGGCUUUUGUCCGAGGUUGGAUAAUUCAAGAUCUUCCUGGCGGUCAUGUGCUCGUUCAAUUCGAUAGUGGUUCCUCGAUAGAGGCUCACAUGGACGAUGUUGACGCCGUGAAUCCCGCCAAAUUCGACAAAGCCGACGACAUGGCUGAAUUGACACACCUGAACGAGGCCUCAGUGAUACACAAUCUCUACACCAGAUAUCAAGCAGAUCUGAUAUACACAUAUUCCGGUCUUUUCUUGGUCACGAUCAAUCCUUACUGCCCACUUCCCAUCUAUGGGAACGACUAUAUACGCAUGUACAAAGGCCAAGCACGAGAGGAUACACGUCCCCAUAUAUUCGCUGUCUCAGAUGCUGCGUUUCGACGUCUUGUGGAAGAAGGGGAGAACCAGAGUAUAUUGGUCACCGGUGAAUCCGGAGCUGGGAAAACAGAAAACACGAAAAAGGUUAUCCAAUACUUGGCCGCUGUCGCAACUUCCGAUUUCGAUACACCCUUGACUGGUAGAGCGCCAGCGAAGCACCUGUCCAAUCUCUCACAGCAAAUUCUGAGAGCAAACCCGAUCCUCGAGUCCUUUGGCAAUGCUCAAACCGUCCGCAACAACAACUCUUCACGAUUUGGCAAAUUCAUACGCAUUCAAUUUACACGGUCUGGUCAGAUAGCAGGCGCUUUUAUCGAUUGGUACCUUCUAGAAAAAUCUCGAGUUGUCAAGGUCAGCCAGCAAGAACGAAGCUAUCAUGUGUUCUAUCAACUGCUCGCUGGCACAGACUCGCGGAUGCGUGACGCCCUGCUUCUGACGGGCAUGGAUGUCGAGCACUUUGCCUACAUCAGAGGUGGUAACGAUACAAUUUCUGGAGUCUCGGACAGAGAUGAAUGGAAUACCUUAAUCGAAGCUUUUCAUAUCAUGAACUUUUCCGAGAACGAACAAAUGGCCAUCUUCAAGACAAUCGCUGCCAUCCUUCAUCUUGGAAAUGUCGCUGUGAGACAGGAAAGUCGAGCAGGCGAUCAGGCUUCCUUGGAUCCCGAGGCUCGAGCUUCGAUUGAUAAGGCUUGCAGAUUGCUAGGUGUUCAGACAGAACCGUUCAUCAAAGGCCUCCUCCAUCCUAAAGUGAAGGCUGGUAGGGAAUGGGUCGAGAAGGUGCAAAGCCCGGAACAAGUUCGAUUAGCCAUCGAUGCCCUGUCAAAGGGUAUCUAUGAGCGUGGCUUCGGUGACUUGGUAACGAAGAUCAAUACCCAACUCGAUCGCGGUGGCGUCAGCAGCGACGACAGUCAUUUUAUCGGAGUGCUCGAUAUCGCGGGCUUCGAGAUUUUCGAGACCAACAGCUUUGAGCAACUAUGCAUCAACUAUACGAACGAAAAGUUGCAGCAGUUUUUCAAUCACUACAUGUUUGUCCUUGAACAAGAAGAAUAUGCACGGGAACAAAUUGAAUGGCAGUUUAUCGACUUUGGGAAAGAUCUCCAACCCACAAUAGAUCUCAUCGAGCUUCCUAAUCCCAUAGGAAUCUUCUCCUGUCUGGAUGAGGAUUCAGUAAUGCCAAAGGCUACCGACAAGUCGUUUACGGACAAGUUGCACUCUCUAUGGGAGAAGAAGACGUCCAAAUAUGCACCCGCCCGCACAAGGCAAGGUUUCAUCCUCACCCACUAUGCCGCCGAAGUAGAAUAUUCGACUGAAGGAUGGCUAGAGAAGAACAAAGACCCUCUCAACGAUAACCUCACGAGGUUGUUAGCAGGUUCGAAAGACAACCACAUUGCGAAUCUCUUCAGUGACUGUGUCGAUGACCUAGACGAACCUUACAGUCCACGAAGUAGGGUGAAGAAAGGUUUGUUUCGCACAGUUGCUCAGAGACAUAAGGAACAACUGAGUAGCCUGAUGCGACAGCUUCAUUCCACUCAACCACACUUCGUACGAUGCAUUCUUCCCAAUCAUAAGAAGAAACCCAAACAAUUCACCGCACCCUUGGUUCUUGAUCAGUUGAGGUGUAACGGUGUUCUUGAAGGCAUUCGGAUUGCACGGACUGGUUUCCCGAAUCGUUUGACCUUUGCAGAAUUUCGAUCCCGUUACGAAGUUCUGUGCGAAAACAUGCCAAAAGGCUAUUUGGGAGGCCAAGAAGCAGCCAAAAUCAUGCUUGAUUGCUUGAAGAUGGAUAAGUCAAAUUAUCGUGUUGGCCUAACUAAAGUUUUCUUCAGGGCAGGUGUGUUGGCUGAUCUUGAGGAACAACGCGAUGGGCUCAUUCGCGACAUCAUGUCUCGAUUUCAGUCCAUUGCCAGAGGUUUCAUGCAGCGCCGUGUUGCCUUCAAGCAAUUAUAUCGUGCGGAAGCCACUAGAGUCAUUCAGAGGAAUCUGAAUGUGUACCUCGAUCUGCAGUCAAACCCUUGGUGGCGACUGUUCGUCCGGAUGAAACCUCUUCUAGGCGCAACUCGUACCGCUGGUGAAGUUAAGAAGAGAGACGAGAAAAUAGAACUCUUAAACAACAAGAUGCGGCAGGAGGCAACUGAGAGACACCGGAUAGAAGAGGAGAGAAGACGGGCGGAAAUUGACGUGCAGAGAAUUCAACAAACUCUUGAAGCUGAACGGGCACUCGCUCUAGACAAAGAAGAGAUCUUCAAGAGACUUCAGUAUCGCGAGAGUGAGCUGAGCGAGAAGCUGUCGGACGCAUUGACGGAGCAAGAAAGCCUCGAGGAUCAGCUAGAUGCCGCGAUGGACUCGAAGAAGAAGGUGGAUGAAGAGCUCGCCACUCGCCGUGAACAAGUUCUCCAAGCGGGCCAGAUCAUAACGAGACUAGAGGCUGAGAAGAAGGAAUUACAACAACAGAUCGACAAACUAGAAGAUGAGCUGGACAACGUGGAGAAAACACAUUCCCAGAAUGACAACCGCCUGGAGUCCAUCAGCGUAGAGUUGCGAACAUUGAAGAGUCAACUUGGAGUCAAAGAUCGGAAGAUUUCCGAGUUGGAAGCCAGUCUUCAACAAGCACAGAAAGAAAAGGAUGGCAAAGCGGCAGCUCUGGAUCAAGAAAUCCGAAGCUUGAGAAGUCAAAUAGCUCAGCGGGACCGAACGAAGGAGGAUCUUGAAACUCGACUGCACAGGGCGGAAUCUCAGCGUGCCGAGGACAACAAGCGCAGAAGCGACGACUUCGAGUCCCAGAUCCGAGCCCUCAAGAAUGAACUGACCAGCAAGGAUCGCAAGAUCCAGGACCUGGAAGGGGAUCUUUCGAAAAUCGACAAAGAUGCCGAAACAAAGCUCAACGCCACGACUACUGAACUCACCACGACCAAAAAGCUCCUCCGUGAACUCCAAGGCCAAAAUGAAGAACUGCGCGCCCAAAUAACAUCAAUGUCAAUGGCUGCGUCGCAACACGAAACCGCGCUGCGUAGGAAAGAUGGCGAGCUCGCCGCACUCCUGGCCGACGUGGAGCAGCACGAGCGCGAAAAGAAAUCUUUGAAGAAAGAGAACGACGCCCUCUCCGGCAAACACGAUAGUAUCCAGCAGAAACACGUCAGUCUGCAAGGCGAUCUGGAGGGAAUGCGGGCACAGCGCGCUAUGAUGGAGCGCGAGGCCGCUGAGGUCCGAAAGUGUCUCGAGCGCGCCAUGCCAUUCUUCACGCAGCAUUUCUCGUCAUCGUGA